AUGCCAGAAGGAAAUCUUAGCACUGUGACUGAGUUUGUCCUCACUGGAUUCCCUGGACUUCAUCCACAAUACCAUGGCCUUGUCUCAGCCGUACUGUUCUUAGUUUAUUUCUUAACUUUGAUGGGCAAUGCUAUAAUUAUUUUUUUAUUUGUAACCGACUGCAGCCUUCAUAAGCCGGUGUAUUAUAUAAUUCUAAAUCUGACUGUAUGUGACACUCUCUUUAGCACAACCACUUUACCUAAGAUUAUCAGUAAGUACUGGUUUCAUUCAGGGACCAUCUCAUUCACUGCUUGUUUUGUCCAAAUGUACUUUGUUCACUACUUUGGUACAGUGAAUUCCUAUAUUCUCUUCUUAAUGGCUUUAGACAGGUAUUUGGCUAUCUGUCAUUCUCUCAGAUAUUCACUUAUUCUUCAAAAUUCAACAAUCUUUAUUCUCAGUAGUCUUGGAUGGAUUGUUGCUAAGGCAGGUCCUUUAAUGUUAGUUAUUAGGGCGUACCCUCUUCCUUACUGUGCAUCAAACAUAAUCAGUCACUGUUACUGUGAUCAUAUUGGUAUAACUGUUAC